UAUAUAUAUAUAUAUAUGUAUGUAUGUAUGUGUGUGUAUGUAUAUGAGUAUCGAUGUAAAACUGGCGACACCACAGAUUGACUUGGUAAAUAAAUAAUUUUGCAAUACCAAAAUUUAAAAAAAAAUAAUACUGCCGCAUUGUCAUUUAUUUGCUUUACACGAAAUAUAUAUUCUUUUGAACGAGGUUCUUUCUUCGGUGACCGGCACGAUGCCGCGCUCAGUGACAUGCAAUAUAUAUAGGUAUAGAAGGUACAUACAUAUACAUGCAAACAUACAGUGUGUCGGGAGUUGCAACUUGCAAUUGAUUCAACCUUUUUCCAUUUUUAUUAUUGACAAGUAUGGCUAGUUUUUUUGGAGAAAUUAUAUACCCCCAAUCGAGAGCCUUUUGGCUUCGAGAUGACGACGAUGAUGAAGAAAUCGAUGAAGAAAACUCGUUAAAAAUAAAAUUGAUAACAAAUUGGACCGAACCAGAGCCGUCUGAAUUUGAAAAAUUUUUGAUUGUUGAUGGAGAAAUGAUGACUGGCUUUGUCACACGAGCCAUACUUGGAGGUGCCAAGAUUAUUUGUACGAUAAGAUGCGAGGAUAAAAAAACUAGCAGCAAAAUUUAUUUUAUCAAUGGAUUAUAUAUUUGCAUUGUUGAUAAAGAGCUCAAUUUGGCACAUGCUGGUCAAUUCACAGGAGCAAUUGCCCCUUUAUUGUCCAAAUCAAAAAGUAUAAUUGCCUUGACAUCUGAUCACAUGUCAUACUACAAAAGUGAAGAAGGAGUUAGUUCAGCAUCCAUAUUAAAUUGUUUGUACUCUUCAAAAGCAAGAAAUCAUAAGAAUUUGAAAGUGCCUACUUUAAGCAUACCUAAUUUUGUAACUGGUGUAUGUGCUGGAGUAUUAUCCUACUCGGAAAUAGCUGAUUUGCAUUGCAUUAUGUACAUACUAUACACCGAUACAUUCACAUUAGAUUCCAAAAAUGCACAUCCACUCCUAGAGCUAUUUUCAGAUUUAUUAGGUAAAACUCUUCCUAAUUUCGUAGCUGGAGGAUCAAGCUUUUUUAAUAAAGGAAAUUUGUACAUGUAAUUGUUACUAUUUAUACAGAAUUGAUUAAUUUAAAGAUUAAUAGAUCUCUCAUUCAUUGGAGAAUAUUUUCACAAACAUCAUUAAUUAGCCUCAAUUAUUUCAAAAUAUAAAAUUUUUAAUAGGCAGUUGUAUCAGUGUUUUCUUGAGUUAUAAAUUAGUCGUGCG